AAAACAAACACCAUGUCGAUUCUUCCCGCAGAGACGCACAGCGCACUGAGCCAGCUGCUGCAAGGUCUUCAAGCAGCCGACAACAGCAUCAGAAGCCAGGCCGAGGAACGUCUGUCGACAGAAUGGGCCCAGUCCAAGCCCGACGUGCUGCUCAUGGGCCUGGUUGAGCAAAUCCAGAUGGCCGACUCUCCCACUGUACGAACGAAACAUCUUUUUGACGACAUCCGACUGACAAGUCUANNGGCCCAAUCUUUCGCCGCUGUCCUGUUCCGUCGCAUGUCGUCGCGUACCUCCAAGGACUCUGCUGGCCAGUCGCGCGAGCUGUUCCUCACUCUGCAAAAGCCUCAACGAGAUGCCAUCCGCACCCUCCUGCUACAAGGCAUGGCUGCUCCCACAGUUGUCGCGCAUCCUUCACUUCGCAACAAGGUCGGUGAUGCCGUCGCCGAGGUUGCCAGACAAUACACGGAUGAAGACGUCUUCAACGACGAUGGCUCCAGAGACACAUGGGCCGACCUCCUGGCCGCUUUGUUCCAGGCCAGCCAAUCGCCUGAUGCCGGUCAGCGUGAGACAGCCUUCAGGAUCUUUGCCACUACUCCUGGAAUCAUCGAGAAGCAGCAUGAGGAGGUUGUCUUGAGCUCCUUCACCAAAGGCUUCAAAGACGACGAUGUCGCUUCCCAAGUCAAGUACUACCCCUUGAUUUCUGACAUUCUCAACAUCCUCCCUCCGCUCAAAGACAUGUCAAACUCGGACGACCUUACCAAGGCUCUGGUUGCCAUGAUUGAUCUCGCCGAAGCCGCCCCCAAGAUGUUCAAGCCUCUGUUCAACGAACUCGUCAAGUUCAGUAUCACCGUCAUCCAGGACAAGGACCUUGACGACAAGACCAGACAGAACGCUCUGGAACUCAUGGCCACCUUCGCCGAUUACAGCCCUCAGAUGUGCCGUAAAGACCCCAACUACACCCCCGACAUGGUCACUCAGUGCCUUUCUCUUAUGACAGAUGUUGGCGCCGAUGACGACGACGCCGAAGACUGGUGCACCACAGAGGAUCUCGACCUGGACGAGGCUGACAUGAACCACGUUGCUGGUGAGCAGACUAUGGACCGCCUGGCAAACAAGUUGGGUGGUCAGGCCAUCCUUCCCCCUACCUUCCAAUGGCUGCCCCGCAUGAUCGAGUCGGGUGCUUGGAGAGACCGCCACGCUGCCCUCAUGGCCAUCUCGGCCAUUUCAGAGGGUUGUCAAGAACUCAUGGAGAGCGAACUCCAGCAGGUUCUUGACCUUGUCCUUCCCAGACUCAACGACCCUCACCCUCGAGUCAGGUGGGCUGCUUGCAAUGCUCUGGGCCAGAUGAGCACCGACUUCAAGGGCAUUAUGCAAACCAGCUUCCACCAGAUCGUACUCCCUGCCCUGGUCGAGUCUCUAAAAUCCGACCAACCUCGUGUCGCAUCCCACGCUGCCGCCGCGCUUGUCAACUUCUGCGAGGAGGCCGAGCGUGAGAUUCUGACNCCCUACCUUGAUGGUCUCUUCACCAACCUCUUUAACCUCUUGCGUAACACCAAGACUCGCUAUGUCCAGGAACAAGCUUUGUCGACUAUCGCCACUGUUGCCGACUCUGCCGAAGCCGCGUUUGCCAAGUACUACAGCGACCUGAUGCCUCUUCUGUUCAAUGUCUUGCAGACCGAUCAAUCCAAGGAGAACCGCCUGCUCAGAGCCAAGGCCAUGGAGUGUGCUACUCUCAUCGCACUCGCUGUCGGCAAGGAGCGCAUGGGCAACGACGCACUUCAACUUGUCCAGAUCCUUGGCAGCAUUCAACAAGGCAUUACAGAAUCAGAUGACCCUCAAGCUUCAUACCUGUUGCACUGCUGGGGCCGCAUGUGCCGUAUCUUGGGCGCAGACUUCCUUCCCUAUUUGCCUGCUGUCAUGCCUCCGCUGUUGGAGCUGGCCAAGGCAAAGGCCGAUAUUCAGCUUCUUGACGACGAAGACAACCUCGAGCAGGAGGAGGGAUGGGAACUUGUUCCUCUCAAGGGCAAGUACAUUGGCAUCAAGACUAGCACUCUCGAUGACAAGCACAUGGCCAUUGAGCUCAUUGUCGUCUAUGCUCAGCAUUUGGCCGCAAGUUUUGAGAACUACGUCCUGGAUAUCAUGGAGAACAUUGCCAUUCCUGGGCUUGCCUUCUUCUUCCACGACCCUGUUCGCCAGGCCGCUGCAAAGUGUGUCCCUCAACUCCUCAACUGCUACAAGCUCGCCCACGGCCUCCAAUCACCACAAUUCCGCCAGCUCUGGACAACGACCAUCGCCAAGGUGCUCGAGGUCCUCGAGACCGAGCCCGCUAUCGAGACUUUGGCCGAGAUGUACCAGUGUUUCUACGAAUCCGUCGAAGUCUGUGGCAACGGUUGCUUGAGCCCGGACCAUAUGGCAGUCUUCAUCAACUCAGCCGAGGGCGUCCUCAAGGACUACCAGACCCGUGUCAACGAACGACUUGAGGAAGCCAACGAGCGUGAGGACGGCGAUGAGGUUAGCGAGGAGACUCUUUUCGCCAUCGAGGACGACCAAACACUGCUCUCCGACAUGAACAAAGCCUUCCACACCAUCUUCAAGCACCACAGUACCACUUUCCUACCCUUCUGGCAGAAACUCAUGCCCUAUCUCGACCAGGCACUCGUGAAUCAGGACCCCACACAAAGACAAUGGGCACUGUGCAUCAUGGACGAUGUUUUGGAGUUCUGCGGACCCGAUUCGUGGGCAUUCGAGAGUCACAUUGUGCAACCGCUAGUCGAUGGUAUGCAAGACGAUGUCCCCGCCAACAGACAAGCUGCGACAUACGGAGCUGGCGUUGCAGCACACAAGGGUGGUGCACCAUGGUCAGACUUUGCCAAUGCCAGUCUGCCGUUGCUGUUCCAAGCCACCCAAAGACCGGACGCCCGUACCGGCGACCACGUCUUUGCAACCGAGAACGCUUGUGCCAGUAUCGCCAAGAUCCUCCACUUCAACAGCAGCAAGGUCACCAACAGCCAGCAAGUUGUUGAGGCCUGGAUAGGAACGUUGCCUGUCGUUAACGAUGAAGAGGCUGCUCCCUAUGCCUACUCUUUCCUGGCACAGCUUAUCGACCAAAUAUACCAAGCAGCUCGCUGUUUCCACUUUGUGGCAUUGGCUCUGGAGGCCGAGACCUUGCANGGUAGAACCGCACAACAGGUUGUGCAGUCGGCGAAGGCUCUUGUCACCAUGGCCAACUUGGACGCCAACCAGCUUCUGGCUGAGAUGUCGCCAGAGGUUCAGCACGCCGUUCGCGCCUUCUUUGGUUGA